GUCCGUGGAGAGCCAGUUGAUUGCAGGUCCUCCUGGGGCCAGAAGGGGUACCCGGAGAGGCCAGGCUUUCGGGAUCCCCUCCAUCCAGAAGAGCCACCUGCCCACACUGUCCGUUUAACUGCUGCUGAGACCAUGGGGGCUGGGGCCAGCGCUGAGGAGAAGCACUCCAGGGAGCUAGAAAAGAAGCUGAAAGAGGAUGCUGAGAAGGAUGCUCGAACAGUGAAACUGCUGCUUCUGGGUGCCGGUGAGUCCGGGAAGAGCACCAUUGUCAAGCAGAUGAAGAUUAUCCACCAGGACGGGUACUCACUGGAAGAGUGCCUCGAGUUCAUAGCCAUCAUCUAUGGCAACACUUUGCAGUCCAUCCUGGCCAUCGUGCGCGCCAUGACCACGCUCAACAUCCAGUACGGAGACUCUGCGCGCCAGGACGACGCCCGGAAGCUGAUGCACAUGGCAGACACUAUCGAGGAGGGCACGAUGCCCAAGGAGAUGUCGGACAUCAUCCAGCGGCUGUGGAAGGACUCGGGUAUCCAGGCCUGUUUCGAUCGCGCCUCCGAGUACCAGCUCAACGACUCCGCGGGCUACUACCUCUCCGACCUGGAGCGCCUGGUAACCCCGGGCUACGUGCCCACUGAGCAGGACGUGCUGCGCUCCCGUGUCAAGACCACCGGCAUCAUUGAGACUCAGUUCUCCUUCAAGGACCUCAACUUCCGCAUGUUCGACGUGGGCGGGCAGCGCUCGGAGCGCAAGAAGUGGAUCCACUGCUUCGAGGGCGUGACCUGCAUUAUCUUCAUCGCGGCGCUGAGCGCCUACGACAUGGUGCUGGUGGAGGACGACGAAGUGAACCGUAUGCACGAGAGCCUGCACCUGUUCAACAGCAUCUGCAACCACCGCUACUUCGCCACCACGUCCAUCGUGCUCUUCCUCAACAAGAAGGAUGUUUUCUCCGAAAAGAUAAAAAAGGCUCACCUCAGCAUCUGCUUCCCGGACUACGACGGGCCCAACACCUAUGAGGACGCCGGCAACUACAUCAAGGUGCAGUUCCUUGAGCUCAACAUGCGACGCGACGUGAAGGAGAUCUAUUCCCACAUGACGUGCGCCACCGACACGCAGAACGUCAAAUUUGUCUUCGACGCUGUCACUGACAUCAUCAUCAAGGAGAACCUCAAAGACUGCGGCCUCUUCUGAGGUGCCUGAGCUCAUGUGUGUCCCUUGCCCUGAGACCCUGUAGUCCUAGCUGCCUUGUAGUCCCAGCCCCCAGCACCCUAUAUCAGCCCCCCAGGACUCCUGAGCCCCAGAC